AUGGGUCUAUUGUCCAUCAUCAGAAAGCAAAAGCUUAAAGAUAAGGAGAUUCGAAUCUUGAUGCUAGGCCUCGACAAUGCUGGCAAAACUACAAUUGUGAAGAAGCUUUUGAACCAAAACAUUUCAGAGAUAUCUCCUACAAUGGGAUUCCAGAUCGACACAUUGGAAUAUAUUGAUCCAGACUCAAAAGACAGCUUCAGGUUGAAUGUUUGGGAUGUUGGGGGCCAGUCGACGCUCAGGCCCUUUUGGUUUAACUACUUUGAGAAAACAGACUCGUUGAUUUGGGUUGUGGAUAUUCUAUCAAUGGAAAGGAUGCAGGAGAAUUUUGUUGAGUUCGAGAAGGUAUUGAAGGAAGACAGAUUGAUUGGGUCGAACUUGUUGAUCUUGGUAAACAAAACUGAUUUGCUAGAGGGAAACGACAGCAGUAGAGUGGACGAGAUAUGCCAUCUAAUUGAGGAGUCGUUGCAGUUGAAACAGAUUAAAAACCACAACUACAAGCUACUACCAUGUUCAGCCUACACUGGUGCUAAUAUCGAAGAGGGAAUCAAGUGGAUAGUGGACGAAAUCAAAGAGAGAUUGUAUCUCUACCACUAA